AUGUUGCCCCGCUUUAUUACUACACUGCUGCUCGCUUCACAACUAGAAGCAUCCAUAAUUAAUCAUGAUACAUCACAUGAACUAUCAAAGAGAACUGACUAUGAAGUCUGUAAAACUGUCACAAAUGGUUGUCCGGAUCUGGAUUUUAGUUUCAAGUUUAUGAACGAGAAUGUCAUGAGAUACUACAUAGAUUUGUUAAAUGUUAAAUGGAUUAGUGGUAACCGUUAUGAGAUUAAGAUUCGUGUUACUGGGGAAGAGCAAAUUGAUUUGAAGUACUUGUACUCGUUAAAGAUCAUUGGCGUCCAAGGUCCACAAGGUACUAUCCAAUUAUAUGGUAAAAACGAAAAUACUUACCUUAUCGAUAAUCCAACUGAUUACACUGCUACCUUCAAGGUUGACGUUCGUAAUUCCGAUCAAACGGAUGAUUGUUAUGUUUGGUUACCCAAUUUUGAGAUCCAAUAUGAGUAUCUACAAGGUGAUGCAAGCAAGUACGAAGAUACUUGGGUAUGGGGUACAACAGCUUUUGAUCUAAGCACUGGCUGUUCAAGCGAUAAUCAGGGUAGAGCACAGACAUCUUUCCCAGGUUUCUACUGGCCAAUUAGGUGUGAUGAUGAUUGUAAACCACCACCACCACCUCCAGAAACUACAAGUACCGUUCCACCACCACCACCAGAAACCACAAGUACUGCUCCUCCACCACCUCCAGAAACUACAAGUACCGUUCCACCACCACCACCAGAAACCACAAGUACUGCUCCUCCACCACCUCCAGAAACUACAAGUACUGCUCCACCACCACCUCCAGAAACUACAAGUACUGUUCCACCACCACCUCCUCCUUCUGAGAGCACUGCCGUUCCACCUCCACCUCCAGAGAGCACUACUGUUUUACCACCACCACCAGGUACCACUACUGCUCCAGUACCACCACCUCCAGAAGAAACUACAACUACUCUAGUACCACCACCUCCAGAGGAAACCACGACUGUUCCAGCAUCUACUAUUUCUGCCACAACGUUACAACCAUCGCCAACUGUACCAGCAGAAGAAGAUGAUCAUGAAUUGCAACCCUUUGAAGGUGCAGCUACUAUGUUGGAUAUUAUUAGCCCAUGGUUCAUCUUAGGUGUCAUUGUAUUAUUCCUAUGA